AUGACGCCCAUCGGAGGGGAUCAAUCUACUCAGGUCGAGACCCAAGGAGAUGCUUCUCACCAGAUCAUCAGUUCCCAUUUCAUUGGUCCCCAAUCAGAGAAUCUUCCUUACUUCAAGCAAAAUAUCGACACAAUUCUUGAUGAAUUGGAGAAGGCGAGAGCAAGAUACUUCCCCAAAGACAAGAGCUUCAUUACCCAAGAUGUACAAGAUUCUCCAGCGUUCCGACAGCAGAUGCAGAAGCUUCGCGUAGCUGUCCAGAAGACUGCAAACAUUCUAGGCAGAACCUCUAUACCAUGCUGGUCGCCCCGUUAUGAAGCACAUAUGUGCACAGACUUGAGUAUGGCUUCGCUACUUGGGUACUUCAUGACAAUGAUGUAUAAUCCCAACAAUGUCGCUUUGGAAGCUAGCCCAUUUUCUACAGUGGCAGAGAUCGAAGUUGGAGAGCAACUCUGUGAGCUCUUUGGGUACAACAUCAACGAAGAUGAUCUUGAAACCCCGACAGCCUGGGGCCAUGUCACGUGUGGCGGAACUGUUGCCAACCUGGAAUCUAUGUGGGUUGCGCGCAAUUUGAAGUUCUAUCCUCUUUCAAUUUUCAAAGCAAUGACCACAGGGAAAAAGCCGUUGGGAUUCCUAGGCAAGAAAUUCCAUAUCGAAACUUGCCAAGGUGAACAGAAGUUGUUCUCUAAGUUGUCCACAUGGGAGCUAUUGAAUCUGAAACCUUCCGACGUCCUUGAUAUACCUGACCGUCUGUAUCAAGAGCAUGGGGUCUCUAACGUGUUCUUAUCGAAAGUCAUGGAAGAAUACACCAUCCAGUCGACAGGCAAAGGUGUACUUGAAAGUGAUUUUGACUUGUUGGACCGGCCUGCUCAAUAUCUACUUGCUACCACUCGGCAUUAUUCUUGGCCCAAAGGGGCAGCUGUUGCUGGAAUUGGCUCGGAUAAUGUCAUUGGCAUUCAAGUUGAUAACGAGGCACGUAUCGAUAUCGCAGCGUUGGAAGCCCGACUGGAAGAAAGCUUGAAAGAUGAACGGCCAAUCUUGGCGGUCGUUGCAAUUAUUGGGUCUACAGAAGAGGGCGCUGUAGACCCAUUGAGCUCCAUUCUGGCUCUGAGGAAACAAUAUCAGACCCGAGGCCUUUCAUUCCUUGUGCACGGGGACGCGGCCUGGGGAGGGUAUUUCUGCUCCAUGCUACCACGCAACUAUGCUCCAGGAGACGUCCUUAAUCUUCCCACAGAGAUGGGAGACGGGGAUGGCUUUGUACCGGAUGCUUGUUUGCGUGCCCAGACACAGGAUGAUCUGUUUGCUCUACGAUUUGCCGAUUCUAUCACCGUUGAUCCUCACAAAGCUGGUUAUAUCCCAUAUCCUGCCGGUGGUCUCUGCUACAGAGACGGACGUAUGAGGUUUUUGGUCACCUGGACGAGCCCAUACCUCUCUAGAGGUUCUGUUACCAGUAUCGGUAUAUAUGGGGUGGAGGGAAGUAAGCCUGGCGCCGCAGCAGUGUCCACUUGGCUCUCGAACAAAGUGAUUGGCCUGGGUCAAGAAGGCUACGGUAAACUUCUUGGAGAAGUGACAUGGACUUGCAGUCGAUUUUCUGCGGAAUGGGCUUCCCUAUCGAAUUCAAGCACGCCUUUUAUAUGUGUUCCAUUGAACAAAUUGCCUUCGGAGCGCGCACCUGGAUCGACUUCAGCGAAAGUCGAGGCAGAAAAGGCUUGGAUUAAGAGUGAAAUCGUGAAUAAGUCUAAUACUGAGAUCCUGGACGAGGAUCGCCGCCGUCCUGAUUCUCAUAAAGCGGUGAAGCUUCUUAGGGAACUCGGGUCCGACCUGAAUAUCAAUGCCUUCAGCCUAAACUUCACCCUAUCCAAUGGCAGAGUCAAUGACGAUAUAGAGGAAGCCAAUUAUCUGAUGCAACGGGUUGUACAAGCCUUCAGUGUCGAAAGUCCUGCCGACGACCCCACGAAGAUUCCAUUUUAUCUGACCUCUACUGAGUUCUCGAAUGAGCUAUAUGACAGUUGCAAAGCGGAUCUCAUGCGGAGAUUGGGACUGAAGCCAAGCAAUCAAAAUCUGAUGGUUCUACGCAAUGUUGUCAUGUCUCCGUUCCCCUCUGAUGGGGGCUUCAUCAGAGAGAUGUGUGAGGUUUUUGAGCAGACCGUGAGGGCUGAGAUCUCAAUUGUUCGGAAACGUAACGAAGUCACGGAAGACUUCCACAAGUUUCUGAUGCAGGGGACAGAACAAGUCUACCUGAUCCACCUGCCUAUGUUUCAUGUCGCAAACCACCGCCAGCAGCUCAUUGUUUCUGUUGAAUUGGAUGAAAAGUCGAAAGCCAUGUAUAGGUCCUUGAAGCAACACAAUCCUACCGAGCCAAUGAUCCUUGUCACACAGACUAAAGUUGAGCUACCAGACAUCGUAUCAUCUGAACGGGGAGGAACCUUCGUCGGUCAAAUCAGGACAGAAGCAUCUGGCACUGUACUGAAAGAUGUAAAAGUACAGAUCACCGGAAAAGUAGUCAGCAGACCCCUGAAUUCUGCCUUCCGGCUCGAUACAUAUCCGGAAGACUUCAUGCCAUUCUACCUAUACGGCAGUCCGACUGAAGCUAACAUUGACCACGUGAUCGUUAAAGCACCAAAUACUCAGCUCUCCGCAGGCCGUUGUGAACUAGACAUCGACGGCUUGGAGCCAGAACACUGGAAGAAACCACUCCUUCUCAUAUUUGAAGAUUUUGCAGAAAACCCUAUGCAACCGUUUCCUCCGAAUGACGAGAUUGGUUCUAAACAUGGCGCCGUAAUUUCGCACGAACACUUUGAGCCUUCGCAGAUUUCGAAGCUGGCAUCCACGCCCACCAAUGGUCAUGCUAAUGAAAAUAUGGUUGAUAGUGGCAUUGCUGACAUGCCCUUGCGCGACCCAGCAGACUUAAAGUCUGGUAUCGCAAAGCCGUCGAGUCUAAACGGUUCAGAGGGCUACGAUUUUGCUACAACCGGUGCAACCGCAGAUACUCUGUUCCGUGAGGCAGAGAACGACUCGGAAUUCGUGCAGCUAAACAAAGGAGCAGCAGUUAUCACUAGCGAAAUUCGAUCGGGCCGUGCCCACGGCUCUAAAUUUUUCUUCCGACCUCGAGCAACGUUCCGCGUCAGUGUCUGGGAGGACUUGAAGCGUGGUGAGGAAAAGCCUGAAUCAGUCAAGCCGGAUGAGAAGGUUUUUGUCGGACGUGGCACACUGAAGCUCGGCGAGAGUGUAUAUGUCGACAGUGAGGCGAUCAACGUUGAUCCUUUUGCGAAGGUCAACAAGAUCGCCGAAUGGAGGCAUGAGCUGAACCAGAUAGGUAAGGAUAUCGAGCAGGAAACUUAUCAGGCUGCGGCGUAUGGAGGCACGGGAUUCCGUUGA